AUGAGUGAGGUUGCAGCUCCCUAUCGCAAACGCUUUUUACGAUCAAAACGGGUAGAAGCAAGUCGAAUUGUUACGUCGAGAAAGAGGAGACUACUCGAGUUAUUCGCAGUUUGCGACAAUGAAGACCCUAUACCCCAAAUCCCUAGGAUAGACCCCAAUGCUCCACCAACUACCGCAGCACAAGCACAAUUUCUUGAGGCGUGCGAUCUUUUACAGGAUCGACCCUUUAAUGAAUCAAAUCUACCCACCCGACGCCAACUUCGAUCCGAUUCUAUAAAACAAAAAUCGCCAACUCGCCAAGCAGGUACAGAACUUUCAACAACUGAUGUAUCUCAGAAGACACCACACUUGUUGACGCGUGACGAGAUAAUACCACGGAAGAGCCGUGGAACUACUCCAAUCGAGAAUAGUAAUGAAGGACGAACUGUCGAGAGAAUUGAAAUUGAUGUUGGGCCAGCGCCUGGGGCGACUGGAGUCUCUACACGGAGAUCGUCUUCGAAGAGCUCGCAGGCAGAUCUACCCACGGAGUCUCCAGCCGACCCAAAUGUUACAGUCGAGGAGGCAGCAUCUGAAAGUGCUAGUCGUCAUAUGGCUGCGACACAAAAGCAACAUCAUGAUGUGUCCAAUCGAAACUUUGAAAUUGACCGUAUCAAGAGAGUUGUUGAAAGUCCUCCUGGAAGCCCUGGGGUGGAUCCAAGGAAAGCAGUGCCUCCAUCUGCUGAGGACGUUGCAAAUUUGCAAGAACCAGUUCUCUUCGGUGCUAAUGACGAGAAUCAUCAUGCUGCAACUGCCCAUUUACCAGCAAGGGAGGUUCAGGAAGCUCGACUAGAGGAACUUGAAAAGACACACGAACAUAAGGGGGAACGAGGUAGGCAUUCAAUUACGAAUUCUCUCCGGGUUGCGGUAGAUCUGGCUUCCUCCCCAAGUUCCACAAUAGAUGCCCAUUCGACCACUACCCCAGCUCGACAUGAUGCCUCUAGGGAUACAAGCCCUGAGAAUGAUGAUUCUCAGUACGAAGAUCCCGAACGCCCAGAUAAUAAGAACAAUGUCAAAACUCCAACGGAUUCGAAAUCCAUUGGUGAGGACAUUGUUCAGGAUGAUGAAUACAAGAGGAGACAGAAGACUCAAAACGAGCUCUCUCGUGCUGAAGUACUUGGUAGUAGCCCAAUGGCAGCUGAUGCUCAACUUCGUAUGGAGGACCAAGCCGCAUCUGGUUCUAGAGUUGCCGCGGUUGUUGAAGUAGUAGAUGUUGAAGCUCCGAGUUCACGGGGUGUCGAAGAACCGAAAGUACUGGCACGUGAGGCCAGCAAUGUUGUUGAGGAGGACGUCACGGACAAAAAUGAUGACGGUGCAGACGUCCCGCGACUAGAUGGCGAAGAGCGAAUCGAGAAGUCUCGUGCGACCCCCAAAGAAAUUGAAGUACCGGACUCUGAAGGUGAGGAACAGACACCAGUCGACGCUAUGGAUUUGGACGUGGCUACUGUGAAGGAUUCAUUCGAAAGUCAGACUACGCUAGACGGUAGUGCUGCCGCAAAUGAAAAAUCACCAGCUCCCGCCGAAGAGGCUCCAAGACAGCCAUCAUCUGUUUCUAAGACGCCACCAUCCGGUACACUCACCCCUACAAUACGCAAAAUUUCAUUAUCAACUCCAGCACCGGUUCAAGCACCAAUUGAGCGUAUGACAACACGGGUAGCGUCCGGAGCAAUCAGGCAUAAGUCUGUAUCCGAGAUUUUGGGUGAAACGCCCGCGCCGAACACCUCCCCUAUUUCGGCAAGAAGUCCUGCUAGCAAGACAGACACUGGAUCGGCCGUUAAUUCUCCUUCGAGAGGAAGUACCCCAGGGUCUACUCGCAGUCUGCUUCAGAAACCCAAAGAAAAGAGCCAAAGUAGACUUUCAACCGUAGUAUUUGCCAAGAAGCCUUCGCCUUACAGAGCUAGCGACAGUGCUCUGAUACCUAGAGGCACGAAUUUGCAGGCAACACAUCCUCAUGAUGAUUAUUUCGCGUGUUUGUAUCUUAAUAGCCACAAUACACAAAAAACGGGUUACCCUCCCCUGGAUGGUUUACUACAGACGGCUCACAAAACUAUCACGACCUCGAAUGCUUUUGUGCCCAUCACCGAAAAUCAAACGACAAGGAUUUUAAAGCGCAUAUAUGGACUCCAGAAUAAUCACAAAUGGUCUUUACGCCAACCUAAGCGGUCCGAGGAACCCAUUCGGCCAACCACACAUUGGGAUGUUCUUAUUCAAGAAGCAAAAUGGAUGCGGACAGAUUUUCGAGAAGAACGGAAGUGGAAAAUGGCCGUGGCUAAGAAUCUGGCAUAUGCUUGUGCAGAGUGGUUCGAAGCCAGCCUCGAGGAACGGAAAUUCUUAACAGUGAGCGCUGCUCGUCCACCAAUGGUUUCGGCUGAAGCAUCGAAAGAUGUCGAAAUGAUUGACGGGACUAGUCAACUUCUUGCACACCCCACUCCUGAGUUGAUUGCCUCUGCAGAAGCUGAUUCUCCCAUGUAUGAUAUUGACGAAGAACUUCGCCUCACACUGACAGAUACUGUCAGCCCUACUGCGAUUUUUGGUCUUCAGGAUGAUGAUGUUGUCUGUGGGCUGAGUAGGUCCCCUGCAACCGAUAAACUUCUAGAGGAAUUGCCCUUAUAUGGUGCUCCACUCAGUGUCCCUUGUAAUGGCCUGCCUACUUCUGAAGUUGAUCCUGAUCGCUUCUGGAGGCGGCCCGCGGUCGGUAUCAGUAAGUACGUAGAGGGUAGAAUGGAAUUACAGUUCCAAGGACCUCCGUGCAAAAAGAGCAGAUUUGAGUACGAAGAAGAUAGUGACGAUGAAGAUGCUGCAACCGACCAAUCUAGGCACGAGCGAUCAAUUUUACCACCCGAACAGACCAAUAUAGGUCUAUUCGAUCCCGUCAACAAGCAUAUUCGCGACCGCAUUCAUGCUGGGCAUCAAUUUCGGCCACCUUCAGAAUUUCCUAUGCCAAUACAAAGUUUCUUCGAAUGCCGUCCAUGUUCGCAAUGGACGUAUCCUGAGGAUGAUGAGUUGAAGAAACUCGUGCGAGAGUAUGCUUAUAAUUGGUCACUCAUUUCCAAUAUGUUAUCAAGCCGAUCGCUAUAUUCAUCAGGUGCCGAGAGACGCACCCCUUGGGAAUGUUUUGAACGAUGGAUAACUUUAGAAGGAUUGCCAACAGACAUGCAAAAAACAGCAUACUUUAAAGCUUACAAUAACAGAAUGGAACUAGCGCAACAAAACCUUCAGAUUAUGGCCACCCAAGCUCCCCAACCGGCUAACGCAAAUGGUCAAAUCAUCGCUCCUCGAAGGCGAAAUACCACCAGCCAGCGUGUGGAAAAACGACGAAAUCAGAAACAUUUAACAUUAGUUGAUGCGAUGAGAAAGUUAGCGAAGAAGCGCGAGAGUUCCGCUCAAAAACAACAAUUGUCUGCCGCACAAGCUGCAGCAAGGAAGCCAGCUGAGCAAUCCCAAACAUGGACACCUAUCAAGACCCCCCAAGAGUUUAGUCGGUUGAAGCAUGACCGAGAGGAGGCAAUGAAGGAACGCAUGCUUGUGUUCCAACAGCGGCAGGAUCAGCUCAGGAGAGACAAUCAAGCUCGUCAAAGGAAUGCAGCCCAGCAGCAGGCUCAUCCCAAUGGCUUGCCCCAACAACGUGUUCCUGCUCUUCCAAACGGUCUCGUUCCUCCAAUUGGACAGCCAAAUGGGAAUGGCCAUCUUGCUGUUCCGGGACAGAACAGACCCCGUCCUCUUCCUCCACAAAUGGGCAUUGCAGGGCCAAUGCCUAAUAACCUCCGGAUCCCACAGGCAAUGUCUAAUGGUGUUCCACAAGCUCAAAUGCAGGGGGGUUUGCCAUUGAACCCCGCAGUGACCGCCGAUCUUGCAGAACAUGCUCGCCGUGUAUCACUACAACAGAGACAACAGCAGAUGCAGAAUAUGGCACAUCAGCAAGGUUCCCCACACCCAGGACAGGCACAGAAUUCCCCUCCACGAAUAAAUGGCAUGCCUCCGCAGCCUGGAUUCAUCCCCAACAAUAUGACAUCCUAUAAUACCAACAACAUUAACGGCAUGGCUGGAUCCCCAGGUGCAUCAGCGCCUUCUCCUGCCCAGGCAGGGUCUCCUCGGACAGGCUUGCCCGUGUCUGGACUACCUAAUGGUGGCCUCCCUGCAAAUGUCCCAUACGGGGAAAUAGAACGAAAUGUCAGGAGAACUAACCCACACGCGUCAGCCAGCGAAAUUCAUAAAUUGAUGGGCGAAAACAUAGCUGCAUUUACCAACAACAAACACCUGCAACAACGAGGCUUAGUACAACCUCCAAGCGGCAUAGCAACAAGCGCUAUGAAUGCAGCGGCUGGGAACAGCAAUCUCGGAAUGAAUGGUCAAGGAGGUCAGCGGCCACCGAUGGGCAUCGAGAACAGUAGUCCACAGAUGUAUGCUCAAAUGUUGAGCAACCAUCACCAGCAGAGACUACAGAAUACUCAGCAGCAGCAGCAAGCACAAGCCAACGCGAGUCAAAAUCAAGGCCAAGGGAAUAGUACUGGGGCGCAACAAAAUGGAGGGAAAUGA